CCCCAAACAUUAUAAAUACGGUGAAAAUUUUGAAAAAUGGAGUAAAAACUAUUUACGUGAAAUUAACAUUACUGUGAGAAAACUCUUUAGGCGGCAAAAAAGCGCGGUUAUUAAAAAAGGGCGUGGCUCACGGAAUAUAGUAUUAAUUUUGAAUUUCAGUUUAUUAGAACGGAUAAAAAAGAUUUAAAAAGAAUAUGAAAUACCAGGCAGGAUUAGUUGUUUAUACGAUAGUGAUAAUGAAUAUGAUAGGUCAGUGUCGGUGUCAGGGACGAGCACCAACUGUGAGUGGAGUACCGUCUUAUGUAACAUUUGAUGAGGGCAUUGACAAUGGUACAGUGUUGUUUACUUUUACUGCAACUUCGUCAGAUCAAGAUGAAAGAGUUACAGUUCAACCAAUAGGAUUCGACACUUUAAGUUUGGUUUCAAUAAACCAAACUUAUGGGAGUAACAUCAGUGUUCAAGUUUUAACAGAAGUAGUUUUAAACCGAGACGAGAAGCAAAGUGGAUUGCCAGGACGUGGUACUGUCGUGCUUGAAUUUGUUGUUACAGAUCUAAAAAAUAAUGUCGUUUCUGCUGAAACGCGGCUUUAUAUCAAUGACAUAAACGACAAUGAUCCAGUUCUAAAUCCACGAUCAUACACAUGGGGAAUAUCUGAAAGACCUGGAAACGAUAAGACCUUCUCUCAGAUUUCCGCAACUGAUGCCGACUCUGGAAGCAACGGUGAAACUGGAUUGCGGUAUGCUAUGAAGUCGAACUCGACAGCCAUUGCAUACAAUGAAAUGUUCGAAAUGGACUCAAUAUCAGGAGUUGUUAAAUUAAGUGAGGGGAAAGAGUUAGACUAUGAGACAAACAGCUAUUACCAGUUCAACAUUACAGUGACGGAUGAAAAUGGACAUGGGCGAACGGGAGAGCCUGGAGAUCUGAUUAUACGAGUUUUAGACGUACAAGAUUCACCUCCGUUCUUUACGAGAAUUCCAUACAGGACCACAAUUGUAGAAGAGAACAUUUCUGUGGAUACCACUGUUAUCUCGGUAACUGCAACGGAUGGAGACUCCGGUGUUCCUAAUAGAGUAAAUUAUACUAUACUCAAUGGGACAUGUUCAUCGUUGUUUGAAAUAAAUCAGAACGGUGACAUAAAAACAACAGCUAACAUAGACAGGGAUACAGGAGAUGUUUACGAUGCGUCUGGCGUGUGUAUUCUAAAUGUUCUGGCCCAAGAAAUAGACGAUGACCCGAACAAGCAGUUUGGAAAUACAACAGCGAUCACAGAUGUGACGAUAUCCGUUGAGGAUAUUAAUGAUAAUCUACCUAAAUUUGGAAGCACAACGUAUAACGCUACAAUCCAAGAAAAUACUCCAAAGAACGUUCCUAUCACGCUAUUAUCCCCUGCUGAGAUCAUGAUAUAUGAUGCAGAUCAGGGUGAGAACGCAAGGAUGGCAUUAUCCCUAUCCUAUCCAAAUAGGACGACAUGUAAUGAUUUCAUCAUUUCACCUUCUACCAUCCCAAAGUCUGGUUCAGCUUUAAUUAGAGUCAACAACACAAACCUACUUGAUUAUGAGACGAUAAAGAGUAUCACCUUUCUUAUUGUAGCUCAUGAUAACGUAAAUUCAACGACAGCAACGGUCACAUUGUCGAUUACUGACAUGAAUGACAACAACCCACAGUUUGGUAACUCCAGCUAUGAGUUCAGUAUAAAAGAGAACACCAAAUCAAAUGUUUCUGUCGGAAAUAUAACAGCAACCGAUGAGGACUCUGGUGAAAAUAGCAAAAUCAUAUUCUCUAUAUCAGGUGGAAAUGGAAGGUUUAAUGUGUCUGCCGAGACUGGCAAUAUUGUUACUAACUGUGGAAACUGUUCAGUAGAUCUUGAUCGAGAAAAGGUUGAUAUAUUCUAUAUGACGUACACAGCAACUGACAAAGGUGGUAGGAGCAACUCUACAUCUUUGAUAAUACAUAUUACUGAUGAAAACGAUAACGCACCAGUGUUCAAUAGACGUGAUUACUUCGCGUAUAUUGAUGAGAAUGACGAGAAAUACAAUACCACACCUAUAAUUAGACUUGAGGCAACAGAUCGCGACGAACCUGAAACCAAUAAUAGUAAGGUUAUUUACGAUAUUGUUCAUCUAUCUGAGAUUGACAUGAAUUCUAAUAUAAGCAUACCAAACAAGUCCAUCGGAGAAAUAUUUCUCAGCACUCCCGUCGAUUAUGAACGUUUGAAUAAUAAGUCUGGAAUAAUACAGGUCACUGUUCAGGCUAGAGAUUUAGGUGAUCCACAAAAGGCAACAAAUGCGAGUGUUUUAAUAUAUGUACAGGACAAAAACGACAAUGCACCGAAAUUUAUUGAUUCACUUGUCAAUAUGACCAUCACGGAAAACUCAACAUCAGAAGUUGGACACCUCACAAUCGUGGGAUCUGUUACUGCGACUGAUGCCGAUGGAACAGACCCGAACAAUAAGACUCAAUACUUCAUCCAAUCUGGUGCAAUGGAUCACUUUGCAAUAAAUCUUACUACUGGAGAUAUUUAUGUACAAAUAAAUGCGAAACUAGACAGAGAAAAUAUACCAAAGUAUAACAUUACAGUAAUAGCUAUUGAUCAAGGUUCACCACCCAUAACUGGGACAGCUAGAGUCGUUAUAGACAUAAUUGAUGUUAAUGAUGACCUACCAUAUUUCAAUAGACCAAAUUAUGCCGAGAAUGUGUAUGAAAAUAAGAUGGGCGGAACAGCGAUUAUAACAUGUGAAGCCUUUGAUAAGGAUAACGAUCACGAGCUUCAAUAUUCCAUUGCUGAUGUUCACGGCAGAGACGAAACGGGUGCACAAGUAAAUGAGUCACUUGUUAAGGAUUUCUUCGGAGUGAAUGAAACACACGGUAUAAUAUAUGUCAAGUCUGAACUGGAUAGAGAGGUAGCUAAAAUCAUUGUUCUGACCAUAAUGGUCGAAGACAAAAAAGCCUACAACCCGUCUCCACAAAAUGCAAAAGCUUUACUUACCAUAACACUGUUAGAUAUAAACGAUAAUGCACCAACAUUUUUACAAACACCAUACACAGUCAAUGUCAGUGAAAACGCCCAGAAUCCAACGAUUCUUCUAACAAUAACUGCGAUUGACGUGGAUGAGGACAAUGAGAUAAGUUACCAGAUAACCGAUGGGGUCAACAAAUCUUCAUUUCACAUUAAUCCUUCUAGUGGUGUAUUUAGUAAAGUUGGACAGCUUGAUAGGGAAAAGGUUUCGAAUAUAACUUUAAACAUAAGUGCAACUGAUAAUGGAAUACCUAACAUGAGCACAUUCACUACAAUAGAGGUUACAGUUCUCGACUUCAAUGACAACGAACCUGAAUUUGUAAACUUCACAGACGUAAUAAGCAUAAAUGAAGAUAUACAAACAGGGACCCACGUUUUAGAUGUUAUGGCGCAUGAUAACGACACUGGUCCAAACGCCAACUUAACAUUCUCUUUUGAAAACGAUGUUCUUGGAAAAUUCUCAAUAGAUCCAAUUAAUGGUAGUAUUUUUGUAACAGAUUUGUUAGACCGAGAAUCUAUACAGAGAUUUGUGUUAGCAAUCAAAGUGCAAGACAAUCCCCUGAAAGACGAUGAACGAAAAUUUAAAACAAAAGAUUUAACCAUUAUUGUUAAAGACAUAAACGACAAUACUCCAAUUUUUACGAAAACAUAUUAUUCAACAAAUAUAGUGGAAAAUACCAAAGUUGGUGAAAGUGUGUUAACGGUGUCGGCCUCUGAUGCAGACGAAACGGGCAACAACUCUAAAAUAAGUUACAGUUUUAGCAAUGACACAUCACCUUCAGGUCUUUUUAGAAUUGAUCUUGAUGAUGGAGAUAUAUACGUCAACAUGUCAUUGGUAGGACAUGUAGGAUCCUAUGUCAUUGAGAUUAAUGCAAUGGACCACGGAGAACCAAUGCUUCAAAAUAAUUCAAUUGUGAACAUCACUGUGCUCGACGUCAAUCUUAAUAAACCAAUUAUAUCAAAUUUGCCUGACAAUAAUACCAUUUCCGUUUAUGAGUGUGUAAGAAAGGGAUCUGAGCUUUAUGAUUUUAACUACACGGACGCUGACAGUGGUAUCAAUGCGGAAGCUUUUUUCAACAUCAGCAAAGUAGAUGAUAUCAUUGCUGAUACGUUUGAAAUAAGUCCCGAUGGCAUUUUGAAAUUAAAGCGGAAACUUGAUGCUUUGCAGAAAGAUUCAUACAGAUUUCAGGUACAAGUCACCGACAGGGGAAUUCCACCAUUGUCCUCGGAGAAAAUAUUCAUCACAGUUAAAGUUAUUGACGUUGAUGAUCAUCUACCAUCAUUUAAGAAUAUUACUACAACUUUAAGAGUUUCGGAAAAUCGCCCUGUUGGUGACUUUGUAGGUGCUGUAACUGCAGAUGAUCCGGAUGAAGACUCAGUGACGUGUUACGAAAUUAAUGAACCAGAAAUGGCUCAACUAUUUGCAAUUGGUAAAAAGAAUGGGAGUAUCGUCACAAGAGUGGAACUGGAUUAUGAAAACAAAACUUCCUACACUUUCUCUACAAGUGACUAUAUAGAAGAUGAGGACACUGAUGUGAAUGGUAAAUUUGUUUGGGUCUUCCAAAACGCUGGGGACAUACAAACCAGCUCAUCAUUAAGUGGGAUUGUGCCCCCGCUUAGUGGAGUAAUGGAUUGCCCUGGUGACAAAAAGAAGCAUAUUAUCUGUGUGUCUGGUAACGGUUCGUUAAUAAACAACAAAUAUUAUAAGGAGGAUAUUUCUGGAUACCUUAUUGUUCCUGUGAACGUCACAGACGCGGCCGGAAGUGACACUGUGAAUGUGAAAAUAUUUUUAAUUGGGAAUUCUCAGAUUCUUAUAAUGACAGUCCUGGGAGAAAAGGAAAAAAUUGCCGAGACCAAAAACCAUAUUUUGAAGAUAUAUAGUGAUGUUACAGGAUAUAAAUUUGUUUACGACUGGCUCGAGGACCAUAAAACUCCUGACGGGAGAGUGGAAACAUUCAAGACAGACAUUUAUUUCCAUGUCGUUGAUAAACAGACUGAUCGUGUACUUUCUGCAGACGAGGCCAUAAAGAUUAUUGACGGUGAUUAUGAGAAACUAUUACAAGCAAUGCAGCAAUUCAGUGUCUUACAAGUUGUGUCGAGCCUUCAGACAAAUCCAGGGGAAGAUGACUCUAUUAAGACUGUUUAUAUUUUGGCAGCGAUUAUUGCCGUUCUUGCAUUGACAGUUGCCAUUAUUAUCUAUGUCUCUCUUACAACAAGGAAUACAUACAAGAGAAAGUUAAAGGCAGCUACAUUAAAACCACAAGAUAUUCCUGACGUGUCUGAAAAGAGCAAAACAGUCAUUCCCGGUAGUAAUAUGUACUCCAGACAAGCAAAUCCUUUACUUGACGCUGAGAUACCUGACAAAAUAGAGUAUGAUAAUAUGAGCAUGGGAAGUCAAAACUCCCUGGACACAAAUAGCGUUGGAACACCCAGGAAGGAAGGUGAUUAUGCCCAGUUAGAAGAGAAAGAAGUAAGAAUGGAUAUGUAUAUGGAAGAUGAAGAUUAUUCUAAAAUACCCGAGAAUCCUCUAGAAGCUGCCCUGAAGCAAUACGAUAUGCAAAAUAUGCAGAACAAACAAGAAAAUGACAGUACUGACGGUAUUGUAUCUCCACACGACAUGGGGUCGUUACAGUUUGAGAACAGAGCCUACCUUGAAGAGCUCGAAAGCACAGAAAUAUAAACUGUUGAUAAAUGGAUAUAUAUUUAUUUGUCCUUUUUAUAUAUUUUAUUUAAUAUUUUUUUUGUUCAUUGUAUUGCAUAAAAAUUUUUGUGAUGUUAUCUUUAAAAAAUUUAUCCGGAACAGUUUAAAGCUAACAUUAGAGUCUAAAAUGUGCAUUUAAGUAUUGGCGUUUUAUUGAACAAUGUAAACAGAAACAACUCAAAAAUAUAUUUUUAGCGUCUGAUUUAGAUAAACAUGUGCUAACUAACGAAUUGUUUUAUCUUAUAAUGACUUGUUUAUGGGAGACAUUAACAUUAAUCCGGAAAAUAUUAUGCCAUUAUAUUUGUUUUGUUUUAGCAAUGUGCUUGUUUAUAUAUUUAAGUCGGUUUGUUUUAAAAGGCAUCUCCGAUAAAUCACUACUCAUUUGGGUGAAAAAGACUCAGUUAAGGUAUGACCAUCCUAAUGCAUUACCUACGCUUUGAAAAGUAUUCAAAUUGGCUAAAACGCUGCUGUUAACUGCAUUGUUCGAACCACAGAAUGGGCCAACUAUUUUUUUCUUUUUUUUCCCUUAAAAUCUUAUUACAAAUAUGGCACUUGAUAUUUUCAAAGUCUAAUAGAAUCAAAACUACACGGUAAAAGUAUUUAAUAGUUUAGAAUAUGAAUAUACUAUUGAGAAUGAAAACAUCCCCUAUCAUUGGUAAAUUUUAGGGAUUUUUAAUUAUGCUCUCUAAGUAGAAAAAUAGUCAAACACUUGUUAAAAUGGAUAGGGUAGGGAAUAUUUUUUAUAAAUAUUUUAUAAAAUUUUGUUUUGCUUGUGUGGAUUGUUAGCUGAAUGUUAUUAUUUGUUUCGUAACAAAAAUGAAUUGAAAAAUUGUCAUAAGGAUGAUAUUGUAGAUUAUUUAAUGGGUCAUCAUUCCUGAAAAAUGGCUCUACUAACUUCAAAGCUUAAAUUCAGAAAAGUGACCAUAACUCGUUUACCGUACAGUAAAGUUUGUUUAAAUUUUGCAUGCAAGUGUCCUUCAAGGCAUAUAUCUGACGUAUGUUGUCCCUUUUUCAGUUCCUUAUAGUGCCCGUUAGGGUUGUCAUAUCUUAAUAAAUACAAUUAAGAAGUUAUUAUGCAAUUUAUGUGUAGAACUUUUAUACUCAUUGCUUUGUUAUUUACGAUCAUUUCACAGUUUUUCUGCAAAUAUAUUUCUUUCUGUAACUAGUCAAGAUUUGAUUACGUUAUAUUCGACACUUGUUUUACAAAAACUGUAGAUUAUCGUUGUUGAACUGUUGGUGCUUCAUAAAUGUAUAUUCAGACAUUCAGAACAACGUACAUAAACAGAAUGUCGAUUCUUGUCGCAUGUCUGGUUACAAUGUACUUUGUACGAGGUUCACUGUGGUCAAAAUGUCUUAAGCCGCACAAUUUUGAAAUUCUUACGCUGAUCUUUUGGAGCACUUAAAACAGAAAAAUAUGCAAAAAAAAUAGAUAUACAUUCGGAAAUUAAUUGAAAAUCGUUGUUUUUUUCUGUGCGUGCAAUUUUCAGGCCAUUUGAGUUUAAAAACAUAGCAACGCUUUUCAAUUUGGCUCACGUUUUACGAUUUCAAUAAAUAUUCUGGGAAAGGGGAGUGAGCGGAUGAUCUGGCAUUUUGCACACAAGUUAUUGGAUCUACAUGCAAAUCAACAUUGAACUCGAAAAAUUGUUCCCAAUGGAGUCCCUUUAAAACAUAAGAUUGUAAUUCUUACAAAGAUCAACUGGGGCACUUAAAACCUGAAAAUAUACAAAAGAUAAUAAAGAUAUAUACAUGUAUUAAAUUCAAAAUUGAAGUGCAAUUUUUACCUCGGUUUUAGCUUAAAACGUUUAAACGCUAUUCAUGUUUGGGUCAUUUAUGUGAAAUAUAUUGAUUUUUCUAGAAAAAAGAAGAAAGCACUGGCACUCAAGUUGUUGGUCCAAACUUACACCAAAAAGUACACAAAUAUUCCCACUCCCGUGAUGUAAGUACCACACCUCAGUUGUUUUCCAAUAAUUUAUCAACUGGGAGUUAGUCUAUUACGUGCAUUUUUGCACGUUUGUUUUAUUAACUUUUGCCCUGCUUGAACCUUAAUUGAUUAUACUUUGCCACCAGUAUACAGCCAGGUCAGCUUACACUAUGACGAGGCUCUAUCAUCUUGAUAUGCAUUUAAGUUAGAUAAGUCUAUUUCAGCUGGUUAAUGGUUGUCAUUGUCUGUCGGAAACAUACUCUGUAAAUAAUUAUGAUUCUGAUAUUAUAAUAUCAUAUCAAAAUAUUGUGUUUAUCAUAUUGGCGAAAAUGUUUAACUACGGUAUAACUACUUGAUGACUUGAUGAAUUGUACAAAAGUAAU